UUCGCGUUUGCGUAGUAUCGUCAACAACGGCUGUCAAAUCGUAAAUAAUGGCGGACAACAAUUAAUAGAAGUUACUGGACAAUCGGUUCCAUCUGGCGCCAACUGUCCUUUUAUUUUCAAUAACUGGUGUAAAAUCUAAAAAAGGAAUAAUUGAUUCACAUUCAAGCGUAUUUAUUUGUAGGAUAAUCUAUCAGGAUAAGCCAUGGAGUUGAGGGUUGGAAACAAAUACAGACUUGGCAGAAAAAUCGGGAGUGGCUCUUUUGGAGACAUUUACCUGGGCACAGAUAUCUCCACCGGAGAAGAAGUUGCCAUAAAACUAGAGUAUGUGAAAACUAAACAUCCUCAGCUCCAUAUAGAGAGCAAAAUUUACAGGAUGAUGCAGGGCGGAGUUGGAAUUCCCACAAUCAAAUGGUGCGGUGCAGAAGGGGACUACAAUGUCAUGGUGAUGGAACUACUGGGACCUAGUCUUGAAGAUCUCUUUAACUUCUGUUCAAGGAAGUUCAGUUUGAAAACAGUCUUGUUACUUGCAGAUCAAUUGAUCAGCAGGAUAGAAUAUAUACAUUCAAAGAACUUUAUUCACAGGGACGUAAAGCCGGACAAUUUUUUGAUGGGUCUCGGUAAAAAGGGCAAUCUUGUGUAUAUUAUAGACUUUGGAUUAGCUAAGAAAUAUCGUGAUGCCCGCACACAUCAACAUAUACCUUACAGAGAAAAUAAGAAUCUCACUGGCACAGCAAGAUAUGCUAGUAUAAAUACACAUUUGGGUAUAGAACAAAGUAGAAGAGAUGACAUGGAGUCUCUAGGAUACAUUUUCAUGUACUUUUUACGAGGAAGUCUACCCUGGCAAGGUUUAAAAGCUGCCACAAAACGCCAAAAGUAUGAACGUAUUAGUGAAAAGAAAAUGUCUACUCCAAUAGAGGAGCUGUGCAAAGGUUUUCCAUCGGAGUUUGCCACAUACUUGAACUUUUGUCGGUCAUUAAGAUUUGACGACAAGCCCGACUAUUCCUACCUUCGACAAUUAUUCCGUAACCUCUUCCACCGACAGGGAUUCACAUAUGAUUAUGUUUUUGACUGGAACAUGUUAAAGUUUGGUGGUAGAAACAGUGAUGAUGCUGACCGGGGCAAGGUGAGCUCAUCAGCCCGUCCUGUACACGGCACAGCACAAGCUCGUGGUCGUGCAGAACAAAUGCCGUCAACGACGCCACCAGGCGAAUAUGGAAGUCAUAGCGGUUCCGUGGAUGUGGGCAGAUCUGGACGUGCUGGCAAGGAAAAAGUUCCGACGCGGUUGGCCCUAGCAAUGAGAGGUGCCGAGGGUGGGUCAGAGCAGGUACCUAUGGACACUAGAGUUAGUGAUAGUAGACUUGCAACGCCCUCCUCAGGGGGCAGGAUGAGUUUUAAGGGGUCAGGAAUACCUGUCCCUGUGGGCGGGACUUCUACAGACAAUGCAAAAUUGCGAAGAUUGACACAAGAAGGGAGGGGCCACAGUACGUCAAGGCAGCGACAACAAUAAAGUGUUCAACAACAACAAAAAAUUAUAUUUUGUCCAUUUUCUUUUUUCCAUGUCAUAAUACUAAAUCUCUGUGCAUUUUAAUUUGGAAAUUUUACUUGUAAUCUUAUGAAGCUACUUUCGCUUAAUUGAGCAUCUGUAGUGUGGAGAUUUACGUCAAAAACUUUGAUUUUGAUAUUUGAUUGAGAUAUUAAAUAUAGAUAGGUCACUCACGUUCGUUGACCUUGUACUUGUAAAUGAAAUUUGACAAAUUUCUGAAGAAAUGUUUAAUUAAAAUAAAAAGAAAUUAUUGUUAAAUUUCUAUUAAAUUUUGUAUGUGACUCAAUAGUCUAGUUUUCAGAUUCCUGUAAUAAAUAUCAAUUGUAUGUUUAAAUAUUUUUUUGAUUCUUGCAAUGGAAAAAUCAUAACCAAACCUUGUUGAAUAGCAGCUUUUGAGGUCUUUUUUUUCAAGUUUGUUAAACAACAGUAUUUCAAUUUGAUACAAUAAAAACAGCUCUUAAAAUAGCCUGAUGUAUCAAUAAUGUAAAUCGGUGAUCAGAAUCUUAAGCCAAAGAUGUUGUAGAAAUUAGUGAAAAUAAUUCCAUUAAUUAAAAAUUGUCUAUUUGCCAUAAUAACAUGUUAAUUGGGACAUAAGAGUUGUCAUUUAAAUAAUAUAAAACGGUACAUUUUGAAUUAGAGGUAGUCAGUUUUGGUUUUAUCACAUACAUCAACAUAGUGUUUCCUAAGUUUUGAGUUGGAACUAAAUGUAUUUAAGAUAGUUAUUUUGGCCUGUAGCUACCUCCGGACGACAACACUGGACUUUUCCUUAUAUUUUCCAACAUGGUUAAAGAAAGAAAUGUUUACAUUAUUUAUUGACAUAACACUCGAGUCAAGAACUUUCAAUACUUUACAUGCCAUUUUAAACAGGUUUGAAAAUAAAUUUCCUAUUACCUGACAACAGUAUGAAGAAAAAACAAUUUUAAAUAAAAAACGAGUGAUUUAGUAAGUUGAUUUUAAGACACUGUUUAAAAAAAGGAAAAGAAAUGCUUUCCUGGAAUUUGUAAAUUUUGUUUUAGGAUAUUGAGUAACAGAAAUUUCGUUUUACCAUUGUUAACAUGUAAUCAUGUAGCGUAAUAGCAUAAAUAUUGUGAUAUUUUGUAUAUAUUUGUAACAUAAAAUAUAAUAUGUAUAUAAUAUAAAUUUCACAUUUUAUUUGUAUAUAAUCAUACUAUAACUAUGAGGCAUUACAUGUGUCAGAUUGCGAAGAAAUCUCAGACAAAAGGAUUUAAUUUUUAGAUGUAUACCCUAAAGUUAUUGUUGAUUUUUAGAUGCAUGUGAGGGUGUAUAGGUGUUCAAGGGAGAGUAAUCAUAUAUCUGUAAGUCCAUCAGUCCGAAAUAAUUUGUUCAUGUAUAUAUUUUGAAAAAAAGUAAAUGUAUUUGAAGUAGUCAUUUCACUUCAUUGAAUUUUAUUGUUUUAAUAAUAAAAAAAGACAUCAUUCAGGUCUGUUUGUGUUUUGCACAGCUGUGGUUCUGUAUGUGAUUUGAACUAAUUAAUACAGAGUUCUGGCCCUUGGAAAAGAUGAAAGAAUUGUAUGAAUGUUUCAGUUGUUGAAUGCAGACUUUUUUUUUUCGUUGUAAGAUCUUUGUAUAUUGUAAAUACUGCAUAAGUAAGUGUGUGUACGGAUAAAUAAGGAAAAGGCAUUCACCUGUGUAUACACUAGUAAUAAUUGAUCUAUAUUCAAUUUCUACUUUCUUAUAUAUGUUUAAAAUGUGUAUUUAAAAAAAAUGGCCAUGAUUCAUCAUUUAUUUGAUCUUGUUUUAUUAUAUCGUGAUUUUUGGUGUAAUUGAUAUCCAGUUAUGUUAUUAACUUUGGUAUAUUGUUCGGUUGGUACCUACAUGUACUCUUACAUUACUAAUAUAUUUGAAUAUUCAAUUAACCAUAUUGGUUAAGUUUUUUCCUAAAAACACAGGUGUAUUGUCAACAGAUACAGGUGCUUGUUCUAGGGGAAAAAACAAUUUUCUUCAGGUAAUGAUGAUAAUUGGAAUUCAUCAAUUAUAUAGAUAUACAUAGAGCUUAUUAUAAUCUGGUCAUAUUUUGUAUUUCAAAUAAACACAACAGAGUCAAAUUCAUCCUGUCUUGUAAAUUAAUGUUUAAAAGUCUGUGCAUUUUAAUUGAAGAAACAUUUGUUUUUUCCUGUAACAGUUUUGCUUAUGCAAUAUUAAGGUGGUAAAUCAUUUAAAUGCCUACGGUUUUAUUGAUAAAAUUUUGUUUAAAAUGUUAAGCUAAGAAUUAUAAGAAAUACAUUUGAAUGUAGUUUUUUACAGAAUUAACCUCUAACUUGCUGAAACAGAAAGUGAUAUGCCUUUGCCACCUGUGUAGGGCACGGCCAGCCUGCAUAUCCAUGUAGUCGAACCUUUUAUUUUGAUAUUGAAAUCCCUUAAGUUUCAAAUGAACUUUUCCAAAUUCAAAAGCAGGCGUAUCCAUAACACAAAUUCAGCAUGUGAAUAGUUAAGAAUAACACGGCUAUUAAUUAAUUGGGAACUUUUAAAAUAUUAUACAUUCUGAAUAAAAUGUUCAUGUAAAUAGACACAGUGCAAAUUUGAUUUCAGGAAAAAAUGUUUUGGUCAUGUGUUGCCAUGGAAAUAUAACCCAUGGACAUAUCAUAACUGUAGUUUAUAAUAAAGCAAAUCAGAAAAAAAUAUCAUGGUGAAAAUGAAGCAGAUGUUGAAACCAUUAUAAUAUUUGUUUUAGCACGAAAGAAAUCGGUGUUGUCUCAUUCAAUUUCAAUAUCAAGAUGUCUACCUCACUAUUAUAUCAAUGAAAUAAUGACCGAUCUACAGGGUCGUUAACUUUAAAUAUCAUUUUAUGCAAUUGUAAAAAUGUUGUAACUCUUAAAGAAAAACAAGACACUAGCCCCUAAUAAGUUUUGUAUGUGUCAGUGGAGCAAAUAGUUUUCUUUUUUUGUCCAUCCCUCCAUCACAUUUGUGUACCAUUUUUUCAUGACACUCCAUUUGUUGUCAGAUACCUUGGAUAUUUGAUGUGAUUGUACCAUCCAUUGACCUUUACCCUCGGUGGAUUAGGUCAUGGAUGCUAAAAAGAAAUAGAGUUUCAUAUUUUCCCAUGUUAUUUUUAAUUUUGUCAAAACUAAUGAUAAGAAAAUCAACAAAGAAAAUGUUUUGCCUGACUUAUUAAACUAUGUCAAUAAUUUGUGUUUAAAAGUCUGGAUUUAUGUUGAGAUAUUUGUGUUGAUAUUUUGUUGGAGUUCUCAUAGAAAAACAGUGUUAAUUUUCAUUUUGCUUCUUAUAAAUGAGUGCCAUUUUUUUUAUAUAAUGAAUAAGUUUAUGCUAGUUAAUAGGAUGCUUUUAUGACUAAUAAUACCCAUUGUCAAUUUUAAGUUAAAGUAUUUCAUUGAACAUUUUUAGAUGCCAAAGGUUUAUUAUGUUAUCCUUUUUCUCUCACAAUUAAUAACAGCUUGUACAUUACAUGCAUUGGUUAAAUUUACGGCAAUUUUAAUGUAGUAUACAUUUAGAUGUCUCUGAAAGGGGAUCCAUGUCAAUGGUAUAACAAUACGGUAAUAACAAUAUGGUUUAUUACUUCCUAAAAAUAUUUACUACCUUCUUUACAUUUAAACUUCAGUCUGAAGAUGUUUUUUUUUUAACCAAACAAUUUUUUGUUUGCAUUGGCUUUAGAAUUGUAUAGAUCAUUUAGUUGAUUUUGUUACAGGAACUCCACUGAGGUCAUAAAGCCUUAAAACAAAACAAACAAAAAAAUGAAUUUUUUGCAAAUUAAGAUGAAAAAAGAUUCAAAGGAUAAUAAAGUAAUAAUAAAGAAAUAUAUAGUAUGCGUAAAUAAAAUCUUAUUAAAAGAAAAUUGACAGUUAUUGCAGUUCUUAGCCUGAUUUGAGUAAAAAGCAUUGCAACACAUUUCAUUUUGGUGAUUUUUAUACAGAGGAAAAAAGAUUAUUCUGGACAAACAGGUUGAGGGAAUGAUCUGAAAAUUUGCCAAUUGACGAUUUAUUGAUUCAGCCUUUCAUCAUCGGGUGGUACACCAAUCUCGGUUUUUUCUGGGGGGGAUAUUUCCAGUCCAGCCAUGUCAAAAAGCCUCAGUGGAGUUCCUUUAACGGGUAGUAAACUUUGAUAGUACCAAGUGCUCAUUAUGAGAGAGAUUUGUUUUGUCUGAACAUGUACUAGUAACUUUUAUGUUAUUUUACUGUGUUAUUAUUAUUUUUAUUAUAUUGUUUUGUGAACAUAAAAAAAUAAAUAAAACUGAAAAUAUAAAUGAAACUGAUCAAAAAAGGAA